AUGAACAGGAUUUUCGGAUACGGGAACAAAAAAAGCCACGAUCAACUCUUACAAGAGUCGAACCAGUCCAUGAAUCAGGCUCAACAAUCAUUAUCAAACAGGAUAUCCCAAUUAGACACUCAAAUUGCUCAGCUGAAUUUCCAGUUGCAGAAUAUUCAAAAAAAUUUACAAAGAUCAAACAAUAAGCAACCUUCCUUAAGAAAACAGGCUUUGAAGAUCCUAAACAAACGUAAACAAUUGGAAAAUAUGAAGGAUUCUUUAGAUUCUCAAUCCUGGUCUAUGACCCAAGCCCAGUUAACGAAUGACAACUUACAAAACACAAUGAUCACUAUAAACGCACUAAAGCAAACCAACAACGCCAUGAAGGCUCAAUACGGCAAGAUAAAUAUCGACAAAUUACAGGAUAUGCAGGAUGAAAUGUUAGAUUUGAUAGAACAAGGUGAUGAACUGCAAGAAGUACUGGCAAUGAAUAACAAUGGUGAGCUCGACGACAUUAGUGACGCAGAGUUGGAUGCAGAACUAGAUGCUUUGGCUCAAGAAGAUUUCACUUUACAGACAACUGAAAACUCAUUAGGUAAUGAUAUGCCGAAUUACCUACUAGGUGCGAAUGCACCACCAACUUUCAUUGACGAAGAGCCAAACUUGGACGUUGAAGAUAAAGACAAAGCUUUAGAAAGCGCCCAGUAA